AUGUUUCGAUUACUCUCUAUCAUAGCUGCCGUGUUUACCCUAGCCUCAACAGUCGUAUCAACCGGCCUACUAGUACCGCUAUACUCCUGGCCCGACACAAACGCAUGGAAUACAAUCUACGACACAAUCGCAGCACAUGCAUCCAUCCCCUUCUACCUCAUCAUCAACCCAUCCUCAGGUCCCGGUAACACAGAAUACCCAGAAGAUGUCUUCAUCACCGCCAUCGCCAAGCUAAACAGCUAUCCCAACACCCAGGUCCUGGGCUACACGUACACAAAACAAGGAACGCGAGAUAGUUCCGAAGUCGAAAAAGAUAUAGAUACCUAUUCCAAGUGGGCAACCUAUGCAGGGCAGAAUAUCCGUCUCUCCGGCAUUUUCUUCGACGAGGCACCGGACGGCGAAGAUCCGAGCAAGCUGGCCUAUUUCCAGAACCUGUCUCGGAAAUCUAAGAGCAGCAGCUUGAAUACUGUUGUUUUCAAUCCUGGAGUCAAACUCAAGGCUGAUGUUGCCAAGUGGUUCGAGGCAGCGGACUUCAUUGUCGAGUAUGAGAAUACUUAUGCUAAUUGGGUGGCUCGGGAUCCGGAUGAGCAUCUCUCGACGUCUGAGUAUCAUGGGAAGGAUGCUGUUAUUUUGAAUCAGACGCCGGAGGACGCUAGUGUUGAUGAUGUCGUUCGGUUGGCGAAGGAUAUGGGGCUCGGUGCUAUUUAUCUGGCUUCGGACGAUGAUUAUAUGAGUCUUGCUACUGUGCCCAAGGUCGCUGUUGCUGUUGCACAAAAUCGAAGUGCUAGGCGCAGGGGACGCAGUCGGUACUAUAGCUGA